GAAACAGGUAUCCAAUGAUCUUGCCAAGAUGGCACCCACGGUGAUAGCAUUGUGUCUACCCAUUGUGUACUACUUUGUCUUACCCCUGAUGUUUCUUUAUCCCACAGUGUUCUUAUCUAAUCAGUUUCUGUCACGUGACAAGCUUCUCCGGUACUAUCUGAAAUCCUACCGACAGAGGGCGGCGUUGUAUCCCACUGUCCUGGAAUUGUUGUCUGCGAAAGCCGGCAGGAUUCAAAACAAAGAAGACAGUGACUCCAUACGGACAGUUCUAGACAGGCUACAAUCUGAAAAAUCAGUUACUGUGCAACAAGCCCUGCAGGCCAGGAAUGCCUUCCUCGCUUACAGAUUUGGUAAUCUUUCAAGGCAACAUCUGAAAUAUCUUUGCAACCUGUGCUCACUUCGCACCAUGUUUAUGCCAGGCUUUCUGCUGCGUAGAAAACUGACCAAGAACAUGGCCCUAAUCCAAGCGAUGGACCACUCCAUCCUGAAAGAGGGCGUCUCAACCCUAGACCACUUGGAAGUAGAGAAACUUUGCUACGAGAGGGGCCUGAACGUUGUACACUCAGACAAGAGAGAGUUGGAGGCUUGGCUAAGUCUGUGGUUAGAAUUAUCAGCAAAGACCACUGACGACGACCGGUCUUUUAUAGCACACUCUGUGGUACUGCUAGCCAUGGGCCACCCUUCUUGUCAGCGACUGCUGGAUAUACCCAGCCAGACAACUCCCGCUGGUGAAGAACUCAAGAAAGAUUAACGUUGGCCCCUGCUGUAGACAAGUCAGUCCAUCACAAUUCAGUUAAAGGUCAUCCAGUCGGCAGCAUGGCAAGCCGCUGACAUGAAGAGUGAUGAAGACGUCCUCGUUGUCGUCCAGCUGCUCUGUUGUGGCAAGUCAUUGGCUUUGGCCUGUGAUGGAUUCGACUGCAGUUUUGGACAAUGUCAGGUCAUUCAGGCUCGUCCUAAGCCAAAGAUAUUCCGGACCAAUCAAGGCAGCCCAUCUGUGAAGUCAUACCGUCACUUAGGCAGUGCAUUGAAAUUGCUAUUUUAUAGUAGACAUUUUGGGUCCUACGGCCAACUUUACUGUAAAGAUAAAUACCACAUUUAAAGGUUACAGAUUAGUUAUCACACGAGUGCGAGUGGAACGUAGAAUAAUGGGGUGUGUCUUUGUCCCGUAUACAGGACAACAGGUGCACUACAUUAUUCUGUGUUCUGUGAGCGUGAUAACAAAUUUAUCUUCAAGCAAACGUGACGCGCUGUAAAUAUAUAUUAACGGUAUGCUUACGGGAUACGUAUGCGGCUCAGAAAAUUUGGUGGUUUAAAUCUUUCUAUUGAUUAUUCUAUCCCCACACACUGUAAGCAAUAAGCAUUUCACAUCAAUGUGCUCGCGUACACCUAGGUUUUUGAAAUAUCGGCACAAAUCAGUGAUAAAACUGUCCAGUUUUUGCGAGUUGCGUAUGUGUCUCACAUCAGCACCAUUUUUAACGGUACAGGUGUAAAUUUUAAACAGUAAAUUUUGCAGUUGUGCAUUUUGCUGUGUUGAGUUAGAACAGCGCAUUACACAGGCAUUGAUAUGAACCAUGCAGUACAGUUAUAUAUCACACCGUUUGUGUUACCAUGGAUUGACCAAUCAGAUUUGAGAAUUCAAGUUUGCCUGAAGAUAAAUGUUCAAAUUAACAUGUAACAUUCAGUAGUUAAGGGGACUCUGAUUGUAGAAACUUCAUUUUGUCUCCUGCGACUGGAGCCUCAAGACACGAAAACAUUUCCAAUGCCAUUUUCAGUGCCAUUCCUCGUCACCUAUGAUGCAAUUUUGCUGUGCCAGAGGGACCUUCAGGUUGUGUGAUGAUACGUUAUAUGAACAGUCAAACGUUUAAAAUGGGGUGGUUCACUUUGGGUACAAAUAUUGAAUGUAAUGUACAUUGUUAAUACUAUAGGGACGUUAGGGCUUAUAUGCACUGUACCCCUCCAGAAUUGUUAGUGGUGUUUCAACUUGUACUUCAGAAGUUUCAAGGUGGUGAAAACCGAAAUCUGGCAAUGCUAGAUUGAAACUAAAUUGAAUUUCACUACUGACAAUAAACCACAAAUAAAACUCAAAA